GACCUCAGUGCCCUUCUUAUAUAGACAGACACCGUCGGAGCACAAGUGCCGUGAUCAGCAGGCGGCACCCCCAUGUGUCUUCACAUACUAGACCUGGGGAAAACUGGUGGAGGCACCUCGAAGUACCGUAGAUGACCUCCGUCAGGCCCAUACAAUAAGACGAGACCUCCCUUUUCUCUUUCAGCUUCUGGCCAGUUUCUGGGGGGAAAUUGCGAGUGAGUUGAAUUGUGGGCCUUUGUGCAAGCAGGCAGUCCAUGACCAGUACAUACCGGCAUCUCUUGUCAGCCUUAGAAGCUAGUGUCACUUUCUGUAUAGUUAUACUAGGGGAUACACCCCCCCCCUUGAACACAGGGAUUUCUGAGGUGCAGGCAGGUCACUAAUAACGACUGAAUAUUGCAGGAAUUAAGGCUCCUGGUUGCACGUGGUUCUGAGGGGAAAUACAGAGGGGCUAAAGCUUCGGGAGGUUGAAGACCGGAAUAGAUUCUCUAACACUAAGUAAGUUAGCCCUUCAUUCGUGCAUGCAGGCGAGAUUUUCUUGCAACAUUAGUCAUUUGUGGAAAUCUGUCCUGUAAGCCACUUGUGAGGCUGAGGUGCCGACCUCGGAGCUCGGUGUCAACAGAGUAAGCAACUCACAUGGAGGCAGUCUAGACAAAUUUUCACAGAGGGUUUACAUUCACACAACCAUUUAAUAAACUACAGAAACUCGAGACUUAUCGCCAAAGAAGACAACACUCAAUACCGAAGAAUCCUAGAAUCAUCGCUUAUCUCUAUAUCCAACAACUUCAACCAGAACAGUGGCUUCUAUAACAUAGCUGAACCACUUGCCAAGAAACUUCUUCAUCGCUAUCCCACAUAAAAACAUAGGAAUGGAGGAACACUGCAGAAGGUCAACUCACAUACUUAUCCAAUCUCCCUUCCAAGCUACCCAAGAUUUUAGACUCUAUAACCCCACUCGGUAAAUCAUCAGAUGCAGCAUUCACCACCUGACCACAGCAUUCUGAACCUGACUAUAAAUACUCGCGUACCUUCCACCCCAGCUGGGAUGGUGAUUUGUUUCUCAAUGAAGCAUUAAGGUUAUUUGACACUUGACCCUGAAAUGACCACUACGCAGUAUAGUACAGUACAUAAGAUACAUUAUGGGAUCAUUUGUUACCCUAAAUCUGCAGUCACUUGUAAGCAUGCUGGAAGCAUGUCACAAUUGUGCUACAGGUAAUGCUGCUCAAGUUAGCACUGGUGAUACAUUGUCAGUGAGGCUAGGAAAUGAAGUGGUGCGACCAUUCACUUUCUUAUGUUGUGGAACCAUUAUCAGUCCAGGGGGAGCUAUAUUCUGGCACUCAGAAGAAAUUACACCUGAUGCUAUUACUAGUAGUGAUCAAAUUAAUCAGCAGUCACUAAAAGUAAAGGAUGGUAGUACAGAAGAGAGAAGAAAUGUGGAAGAAAUUGAGGAUAUAAUUGUCAAAUGUGAAGAUGAAAAUGGUAAGAAAUUUGAUAGUGAAGAAGUUAGUCUUCAUAAUUUUUUGAUGGAAAGGGAUCCUCUUUUGGUGGAUGAUUUGCCUAUGAUUAACAAAUCUGUAGAUGUAUGUGCAACACCAGGAGGAAAUGAAAAAACAAAAGAAGCUGUCAUUCCAGAAAAUGAAACAGUAAGGAAAAAUAUAAUAGGACUAUUGAGUUAUCAGGAUACUUUAGGCUCUUCUGAUAACAUUUGUGACAGUAAAGCUAAUGGACUCAGUAAAAGAACAAAAUAUCCAGAAAAUUUUACCUGUGAAUUUUGUGGGAAAAUAUUUACAGGAAAAGAAAGAGCAUACCAAUUCUAUUACCAUAGAAACCGUGAACACACACAUGAUAUGAUCUACAAAUGUGAUAUUUGCUCAAAGGAAUUUUGGGGAGAUAGGGAGCUUCUCUCUCAUAUGAGUGGACAUAGAGAUCAGGGUCAUAUUUGUCACAUUUGUGGACAAAAAUUUAAUGCCAAGAAAAAUCUAAAAACUCACCUCUUAGUACACUUAUCUAUACGUGAAUAUGUCUGCUGUUACUGUGAUAAGUCUUUUAGAAGGAAGGAUCACCUUACUGUUCAUGAGAGAAUUCACACAGGGGAAAGACCUUAUCAGUGCAAGUGGUGUGAUUCAGGAUAUCCCCAAAAGCAGCAGCUUAAUCUACAUUUUCGCAAGUGCCCCAUUCUAAAACGCCAGGAAGCCAAGCCUUACUCCAGUUAGGAAAUGUGUUUAUCUUUAAUGCCAUACUUUCAUUGUUUGUAGUACAGUGGUCCCUCAAUAAUCGUCUGGCUCGAUAGUCGUCCUUUUCGGAAAAAGUCGCGUUCUUUUCGUCCAAACAUUGGCUCGCAAAUGGUCGGUUUACUCGCUCAUCGUCCUUCGUCUGGGACGCGUACUCGUGCUCUGAGCUGCCUCAGCCUCCCUUCCCAGCCAGUGUGCCAUUGUUUACCAGUGAGCGAUGGUCCCCUCACUUGUUCAUACGAAAUAUUUCAUAAUAUUCCAUUCAUUUUAGUGCUUGCAAGUGCUAAAUAAGCUACUAUGGCUCCAAAGAAAGCUCCUAGUGCCAAGCCUUUGGUAAAGAAAGUGAGAAAUACGAUUGAAUUUAAGAAAAACAUCAUUGAACAAUAUGAAAGUGGCAUAUGUGUGGCCGAACUGGCCAGGAUGUAUAACAAAUCCCGUACAACCAUAUCUUUCAUCGUGGCAAAGAAAAAGGAAAUCAAGGAAGCUGGUGUUGCAAAGGGGGUAAAUAUGCUGACAAAAAUGAGAUCACCAGUACUAGAAGAUGUUGAGAAGUUAUUAUUGGUGUGGAUAAACGAGAAACAAUUAACAGGAGAUACUCUUAUGACGUCGAAUUAUUUGUGAAAAGGCUAGGCAGUUGCAUGACGAUCUGGUAAAGAAAUUGCCUGCAACGAGUACUGAUAAUUGUGAAUUUAAGGCCAGCAAAGGUUGGUUUGAGAUAUUUAAGAAGCAUAGUGGCAUACACAGUGUGAUAAGGCAUGAUGAGGCUGCCAGUUUGGACAAAAUUGUAGCUACAAAAUUCAUAAGUAAAUUCAAGGAGUACAUAGAGGCUGAAGGACUGAAACCUGAACAAGUGUUUAAUUGUGACGAAACAGGCCUCUUUUGGAAGAAAAUGCCAAAGAGACCUACAUUACUCGGGAG